CCCAAGAUGGCGGCGCGGUCGUCGUCGGGGGUGGCGGCGGCAGAGGGGACGGCGGCCGUGGCGGCGGCGGCGACGGCAGCCGUGACGGCGGCGGCGGCGCGGGGCCUGGGCCGGGGGGAAUGAGGCAGCCGUGGCGGGCCAGCGGCCGAGCCGUGUAGCGGAGAAGCGGCUCCCCCUCCCUGCUUCCCUUGGCCGAGCCGGGGACGCGCGCGCGCGCCGCCGUCCGGAGCGGGCUCCCCACCCUCCACUCCCGCGACCCGCACCGCACCCCCACCCGGGCCUGGAGGAUGAUGAAGCUCAAGUCGAACCAGACUCGCACCUAUGACGGCGACGGCUACAAGAAGCGGGCCGCGUGCCUGUGUUUCCGCAGUGAGAGCGAGGAGGAGGUGUUACUGGUGAGCAGUAGUCGCCAUCCAGACCGCUGGAUUGUCCCUGGGGGAGGCAUGGAGCCCGAGGAGGAGCCGAGUGUGGCAGCAGCCCGUGAAGUCUGUGAGGAGGCUGGAGUAAAAGGGACAUUGGGAAGAUUAGUUGGAAUUUUUGAGAACCAGGAGAGGAAGCACAGAACGUAUGUCUAUGUGCUCAUUGUCACAGAAGUGCUGGAAGACUGGGAAGAUUCAGUUAACAUUGGAAGGAAGAGGGAAUGGUUUAAAAUAGAAGAUGCCAUAAAAGUGCUGCAGUAUCACAAACCAGUGCAGGCGUCGUAUUUUGAAACGUUGAGGCAAGGCUACUCAGCCAACAAUGGCACCCCAGUCGUGGCCACCACGUACUCGGUUUCUUCCCAGAGCUCGAUGCCAGGCAUCAGAUGACUGAAGACUUCGCAUAAGAGGAAUGGAAAUUGGAAACUAGACUGGAGUGCAGAUCUUCCCUCCCUUGCUCUUUUCACCUCUCCUCACAGGCCUCCUCUCCAAAUAAGGCAUGAUGGGCAGCAGAGAAAGGGGUUCUUGAUGGUGUUGCUGUUUGGUGUUAAGUGAUGGGCUUUUUCUUCUCUUUUUAUGGAGGGGGUGGGGGGUGGGAAUGUAAUUUGUAAGUACUUUUGUGCAUGAUCGGUCCCUCCCUUUUCACACCCCUGCAGUUGUCUAGAGAGACAGACAGCCUUCCCUCUGCCUUGGAUUCUGAAGUGUUCCUGUUUGUCUCACCCCAGCCCUGGCCAGACGUUUUUCCUUUGAUUUUUAAUUUUUUUUUUUAUUAAAAGAUACCAAUAUGAGAUGAAA